AGAAAUAAAGAAGGAGCAAGCUGCAAGGAAUGGAGAAACAGUGGAGUACCCUUUAAAGCCAUACAAAAACCACAGAAUGUCAAUGUCACGUUACAUGUUGAAAAUUGAUCUACGGGACAGACUUAAACUGAAUAAUCGUAAUUUUGAGAUUUCGGAUGAACUGUUGACCCAUGCGGAACAGAUUGUCAAUAAAUCAGGACUAGUCAAGUACUGGCAUAUAUACAACAGUCCUUGCUUGAUCAUUACUAUCGUUGUUUUUCUCCUUCUGCUUCUUGUCAUGGCAUGCUUUUUGGUUGUUUUGGUGACAACGUCUACUGACACGCCUCAGAGUUCGAUCACACCAGCCGGUGCUGUGCUGGCCGUAGGUUUGCCAUUGUUAUUCGUGUUGUGGAUCGUUAGUUUCUGCGUAUAUGUAACAGUUGUAUGGAAAAGUAAACUUCAACAACAAGGUUAUCCAAAUAACUAUGAGAACAAAUUUAGAAUUCAGGAAAGACGUCGACUUAACAACAAAUUAUGGGAUGCUGUUAAAAUGGAUCCCAAAACUAGACAAGGAUUGUUUGUUUUCUUUCACAGUGAUUCAUUGGUUGUUAUGUGGUUCAAUUUAAAUCCUUGCAAGGAUUUGUUCAUAAGAAAACUUGACAGAAAGGAACAUUUACGAAAAUAUAUUAACAGGGGUGAAUCUCCCGAGGACUACACCUACAGGAUAUUUAACGUAUUCCUAAGGAAUCGCAUCCACAUGUUAAAAGUCCCCAUUACUGAUGCGUCAAUCAUUAGACAGUCUCACAGAGUUUCAACAAGAUCCAAAUGUGUUUGCCUGCUGGCAGAGGAAUGGAUUUGUGGCCAGUGAUGCACAUCUUUCAGCAGAAAUAUUAACAAUGUUUCGUUCCGUAAAUGUUUAUUAAUACUUACUUGAUUCUUCAAAAGACAAAAGGUAUUUUGCUCCGGACUCAAUGUCAAACUUGAAUGCAGUUGUCUCCCUUACAUUAUAGAACAUUCCAGCAGAACAAAAUAUACAAAACGAAGUUUGAUUACAAGUAGCUUCUGCAAACAAAAAUAACACAAGACAUUUGUUU